AUGUUUCUGUGUAUAGGCUACGUUAUUUGGAGCGCUGCUCUCGUACCGGCUUUAGCCCAAGGUGAACGACACUGUGGACAUCCAGCAGUGCCACCAAAUGCAAGGGUGACCUUACCCAGCAACACUGACAUUACUCCUGGAAUGAUAGCCACGUACGAGUGCGAUGAAGGCUAUGAAUUGUUUGGAGCACAUCAACGCGAGUGUACUUUGAGGGGCGAUUGGACUGCUGAACCUCCAUUUUGCGGUACCAACGUCGCAUUUCGGAAGCCAGCGAAUCAGUCAACGACUGUUCGGGGAGGUAUAGCUGCUAACGGUAACGAUGGCGAAAAGACCACUGAACAUGAUGGCAAAAGGUGCACGGAGACGCAACGCGAGGCCUCUCCAUGGUGGCAAGUGGACUUGCUUAGGCAUUACGCAGUCAAGGUCGUCAGGGUAACAACGCGAGGAUGUUGUGGUCACCAACCACUUCAAGAUCUAGAAAUCCGUGUCGGAAACAGCAGUACGGACUUACAGAGGAAUCCGCUGUGCGCGUGGUUCCCAGGAACCAUAGAGGAAGGAGUAACAAAGACCUUUACAUGUGCACGUCCACUGAUCGGCCAACAUGUGUUCCUGCAGCUAGUUGGAGUAGAAGGCUCACUGUCCCUGUGUGAGGUUGAAGUUUUCACUACUGAAGAAUUUUCGAACGACCGUUGUGCACCUGCGGGCGCGCCGGCUGACAUAGAGCUAGCAGCCUUCUCACGCAACUGUUACGAGUUUAACGUGGCCAAGGGCAGCUCCUUCGACGAAGCGCGGAAGCAGUGCCAGUCGCACGGAGGAGACUUAAUACACGGCUUUCAAGGCGCGACAUUAAGCUAUCUAGUUCAAGAACUAGAACGACGUAAGGCUCAACUGAAGACACAACUCGUAUGGAUAGGAGCUCAGAAAGAACCGGGACUCACUUCUAGGACGUGGAGAUGGGUUGACGGCGAAUUAGUAUCCAAACCAACAUGGGGUAAAGACCAGCCAAAUAAUUACAACGGAGAACAAAACUGCGUAGUGUUGGACGGCGGGCGGGCUUGGCUGUGGAACGACGUGGGCUGCAACCUGGAUUACUUGCACUGGAUAUGCCAGUACCUGCCGCCUUCUUGUGGAAGUCCGGACAAACUGCUUAAUACUACCAUCGAGGGUGAUAGUUACUUAGUAGGGGCGACCAUAUCCUACAAGUGUCCCGAAGGUCACAUGUUAAUUGGAGCUAAGACAAGAGAAUGCAAAGAGGACGGCUUUUGGUCUGAUUCAGCUCCAAAUUGUAAAUACGUCAAUUGCGGUGGUCUUACACCGAUCCAAGAUGGCGACUUGAAUUUAAUCGACGAUCGAACGACGUACGGUGCGAAAGCAGUGUAUUCUUGCAAAGAAAAUUACACCUUAGUCGGAGAACCGACUAGAGAAUGCAGCGAUGAAGGUAUCUGGAGCGGCCAGGCACCUAAAUGCUUGUUCGACUGGUGUCCAGAACCUCCGCCUGUUUCCGGAGCGAACGUUGCCGUCAGCGGGCAUAAAGCUGGCUCCAUUGCUACAUAUACUUGUCAGAACGGAUUCAUACUUUUUGGCGCACCGAGCGUUACCUGUAAACUCGGCGGUAUAUGGGCAGGCACACCACCGUCAUGCAAGUAUGUGGACUGUGGAACGCCUGCGCAGGUAUACAAGGGCUCAUUCAGACUUCUCAACGGCACAACUACUUACGGCUCUGUGGCGCAGUUUAAUUGUGAAGCUGACUAUUGGCUCUCUGGAGCAGAGUUCCUUACAUGUAACCGCGAUGGAAAGUGGUCACAUGAUAUUCCCACCUGUGAUCUUAUAACGUGUGCGGAGCCGGAAGUCCCGGCGGGUGGUUAUAUGGAGGCUUACGACUAUAAUGUACACUCGACUAUCGACUUCCAUUGCGAAAACGGACAUAAACUGGUCGGAGAAACUAGUUUACUUUGCCAACCAGACGGAGAAUGGUCCGGAGAAUCACCUAAAUGCGAAUACGUAGACUGUGGCAAACUUCCAUCACUACCGUACGGAACUGCGGAACUGUUGAACGGAACUACACACAUGGGAAGCAUUAUUCAGUAUUCCUGCACUACUAAUUAUCGGUUAGUUGGGCCCGUACGAAGAACCUGCACUGAGGACCACCAGUGGAGUGAUUCUUCACCUAGAUGUGAAGAAAUCCGCUGCCCGGAACCAAUAGUCGCAGAGAACAGUAUUGUAUCAGUGACCGGCAACGAUCGCAUGCAUGGACGUACAUUGAUUCGGACGACGGCUAGCUCCAGCGCUGGCAACACUUAUCGUAUCGGUGCGCUUGUCAAAUAUCGUUGUGAGAGAGGAUACAAAGUAAUCGGAGAAAGCCUGUCCACUUGUGAAGAUAACGGCCAAUGGAGUGGAGUUACACCGCGAUGCCAAUACGUUGACUGCGGCAAUCCUGGACGUUUCCUGAACGGUAAGGUAACUCUGGCAACAAAUGCCACAUACUACGGCGCCGCAGCGUUAUACGAGUGCGACGAAAAUUGGCAACUAGACGGUGUAUCUAGAAGAUUGUGCCAAGACGACGGCACCUGGAGCUCUGAAGCUCCAGUAUGCAAAGAAAUAAUAUGCACGGACCCUUCGAUUCAAAUCAAGGGCAGCACUGGCCUUAUUGUCGUUACCUCUUCGCUUAGUAUUGGAAGCGAAGCGCACUAUCGUUGCGAGAGGGGCUACAGCCUUCGUGGUAAUCAGACCAGGACCUGCAUGCCGCGAGGGUUAUGGAAUGGAUCACCGCCUGUAUGCAUUCCAAUCGACUGCAAAUCACCAGGAACGAUCGAAAACGGUCGAAUCAUAAUAUCGAACUCUUCGACACUAUUCGGUAGCUCUAUCGAGUACCACUGCCUGCCGCUCUUCCAGCGAGUGGGCCCGUUCCUUCGUAAAUGUAUGGACGACGGCAAAUGGUCGGGAGAAGAACCCAGAUGUGAGAUUACUACAAAUGAGGCAGCUGAAAGUGGAACAUUACCUCUGAGUGUGGGCAUCGGCUGCGGCAUCGUUUUGUUCUUGUUGAUAUUACUUGGUGUUAUUUAUUUAAGGCUACGAAAAGCAACACCCGUAAAGAACACGGAGAAUAUCGAAGGGGCGGAGCGAAAAGAAGACCAAAACGCCGCCGUUAUGAGCUACGCUACGCUGCACGAUACCAACGGACGUCAUAUCUACGAUCAUGUUACAGACAAUGUAUAUGACUCGCCAUACAGCGAGCAACUGGCGGAUAAUGCUGCGUACGGGCGACGAAGCGACACCGAAUCCACGUACGAGCCGGAGCCGUCGGGACCAAAUGCUGUAGUCACCAUUAACGGCGUCGCAGUUCGUUGA